AUGAGCUCUCACCACGCUCCCAAAGACCAUGGUUCUAACAUUUUCAAAACAAUGACCAGUCUGCCGCGGCCAGAUCGAAAACCUUUGGCUCCCAAGUCCAUCAACAUAUCACAAUUAGUAGCGGCAAAAAGAUCGAGCCAAAUCGACAACAACGAACGCCCUGUGGCGAAUACUCACAGUUCACUCUCAGAUUUCAUCGUCAAGUCGAAACCCAAGCCCCUAGCGCAUGAUCUCAAGUCCGUGGCCGGACUAUUUGGCACAGGGCGUCCGUUUGAAUAUACAAAAUCAAGAAGCAAAAGCCGACCCCGAAAGAGACCUCAGCCGUGCAUUUCAAGCUGCCAAAAGCUUGUGUACCGUGUUAUGAAAAGCGUGAACGCUUUAGAAACCAGUUUGAGGCUACAAAGGCACAGAUCUCUGCCGGCGCACUUCGAUAUCAUGCUGCAGGUAAAAUCGCUAAAAAUAUUAUCACCCACUGAGACUUUGGCUGUCGCUACCGGCGCACAAGGUCAAGAGCUUUUGAUACUACACGGACAGCUAUCUAUUGAAAAAUAUCAGCAACGCGAUUCGUGGCAAUUUCUUUUGAAUUCCAAGUCAAGUUUGACUCUUUAUCCGGGACUUACAUGGUUCUUCGAAUGGCAGGUUAUAUGA